CCCCGGCCCCAGCCAGCAGAGUCAUAUAAAGCUGCUCAAGGUCUGCUCCCCGCUGCCCGCCCGCCACCAUGAAGGCUUUCCUCCUUGCCCUGCUAGCCGCUGUCUUGGCCCUGCGGCCAGGCACCGCCCUGCAGUGUUACUCCUGCCAGGCCAAGGUCAGCAACAAGGACUGCCAGCACGUGCAGAACUGCAGCCACUCUGAGACCCAGUGCUGGACCGAGCGCAUCCGUGCUGUGGAUCUCGUGACCUUCAUCAGCAAGGGCUGCAGCUCGCAGUGUGUGGAGGACUCGGAGAACUACUACGUGGGCCAGAAGAACGUCACAUGCUGCUCUACCGACCUGUGCAACGCCAGCGGGGCCCACGCCCUGCAGCCGGCCAUUGUCACCCUGACGCUGCUCCCCGCUCUUGGCAUGCUGCUGUUCUGGGGCCUCGGGCAGCUGUAGGAUCCAGGAGGACCCUGUGGUGUCCCAUGCUGGGCAGUGGUGCCCAGGGGCCCGGGGGGCACUCCUCACACACACCCGGUCCAGUCACGGCCCCUUCUGAACCCUAACUCAGGUCGGGCGAUGCCCCUCUGCCCUUUCCAGCCCCCCCUGGCUCCCUCCAGGACUCCUGCCCAGCUCCCAUCGCCCGGCAGGCUGAGCUCCGUGAUGUGGAACAGCAUGCAGAUGGCCCAUCAGACCCCUUUCCAAUAUUUCGACCCACCCCUUAACCUUCACUCAGGCACCUCUUCCUCCAGGAAGCCUUCCCUGCCUGCCUCCUCCACAAGCUGAGCCAGGUCCUGCCCGUGGUGUCCCCCGCACCCAGCAUGAAGCAGGCUCUCAGGAGGGCCCCGAAAAGGCUGAGAGGAAACGUUCCGAGUAGAAUGAGGGUCAGGGGUGUGAGGUCCUGGGAGCCCCAAGAGAUGAAGCUUGGAGGGGGGACCAGCUCUCCAUGUUCAUGGGGGUCCUGGGGCAGCAACCCCAGCACACAGUAGGCCCUUAAUAAAGGCCCAUGGGUUUGGUUGCAGAGAGCCCGUUCUUGCAUGCCCGCAGGCUGAGGUCAAGGUUGGGGUCCAGGGCUGUGAAGGGUUGCCACCUGGGGCCACGUCUGUGGCUGUGGCUGUGCCCUUGGCUCCGGCCAGGGCAGGAGCAAAUGUCCGACUCCUGGAAGGGAGAACAUCGCUGCAAGGCCACGUCCCUGGGGCCUCCCGGCUCUUGCUGUGUGGCCUCGCACAUGUUGCUCAACCUCUCUGAGCCUCAGAUGCUCACUGGGACCCAUCUCUGCUGUGAGGACUGACCCAGAGACUUCAAGGCAUGGAGACACUUCUGCGUGGGAGGGGCUGCUGCUGCUGCAUGAGGCCGCCAGAACCCCUGCCCUGUCCUCUCCCUUCAGCUUGAGGACGGCCCCUCUGUCUGUUUCUUCAAUUUCUUAUUUUGUUUGUUGUAAGGGCUUCACAUCCAGAGCAAAACAUUCAAACCGUACAAGAGGGUCUCUCUCCAGUGCUAAGCCAGUUCCCCAACCCCGACUGCGGGCCCCUCCCCUCUCUAGGAUGCUCCCGUCGCACGCUUGGGGCUCCUUCCGGGGUAACUAACUGUGAGGCCUGGGGGAGCCCCAGGGGACAUGGCC